GGGCCCGGUACCUGUUUAACUUCAUGUUAAUUUACUCAAUGUCCAUUCAGUCACCAGCAUAUCCGUUACUAUAGCCACGUUCUCCACAAAUUGACACAACAACGUCUGAACUGUGCAUGUAUACAUGACUGUAAGGAGGUGACAUGCCUGAACACCGAGCGUCUUAGAAUGCACUUCAUGAGGACAGGAGUAAGCGAGACAUCCUUGAGGCCAUGUCGGCCCGUCACCGAUCGGUGGGAGGAGCCGGUUGAUCGCUCGGUUGAGAUUGCAUCUCGUCUGUGAACGCCCCAAGUCACAUGACAAGUGUCCAUUACAGAUUACGGCACGAACCCUAAGUUGCCGACAACCACAGGCGACCGAUUUGAAUUGGUGUCGUCACUCCGUGAAAUCUACUUGAAGAUGACGGCAAUGCGCGAGACUCGCCAGAAGCUGUAGAUGUGUCGUCGUGAGCAGAUGAAACAAUCACAUUCAGUCCACCUUGGUGCAGUUUUUCUGCAGCAAAAAGUUUGUCGUGCCGUUGUGAGGUUUUCAAUUGCAGGCGAGAACGAGACGCUUUUGUUUUUGUUAUCGUUGCACAUAACAACACACAAAUCAAGCCAGACAACCGUUUGACCUUUGAGGAAGUUACCGACUCGUGCGACGAUCAUUUCGCUUAAUUGGAGGCAGCGAUUGCGCGGCGUUAUACGCGUAUCAGGUUACUCGUAAGGUGAGGAUACAGCGAGUGACACGGGGUAAACCACGCUGUUCCACUCGCGCUGUCGAACCAGAGAAGACGUCUAAGCAAACAAGACAGGACUCCUCCGAGAAAGUGGCCACAGCUCAGUGUGCUACUGAACUCGUGAGAUGCUGGACACUAUGAGCAUGCUGAGCGAGUACCCGCCAGUGCCUGUCAGCUUACAACGGCCACAAGAUGAACACUUGUACCGCCAUCAUAACGGCCAUGGCAGGUGUCCCUCCAUCCCUGAGCACGAUAAGGGUUACUACCACGGGCUUCUACUCAGCCCAGCCGUGGCAGCUACCGGUGAGAUGCCGCACGAGUACGGUAGUCCAAUCCAUCACCAGUCAUUCUCACCGUGCUCCCAAACUUUCCAAGAUCAAAUCACCACCGCAGUUAACAACAACUGUGGCAGUCCGAACAUCGACUGCCAGUCAGCACCGUUGAAUUCCUGCGAUGAGCGGAGCAGUCCUCCGGGUCCGCGGCGGUUCGGUAAGCGGCGAUGCCCCACUAAUAGCAACCGUAAAGAACGGCGAAGGACGCUUAGUAUCAACUCGGCAUUUGCCGAUUUGCGGGAGUGUAUACCCAACGUCCCAGCAGACACGAAACUCUCCAAGAUUAAGACUUUGAGACUAGCCACCAGUUAUAUAGCGUACUUGUCGGAGGUUCUGGCUAAAGAUGACGGGAUUGGACCCGUCGACACGGCUAGUUUCAAGGCGGAACUCCUGAAGAUUGAAGACCGGGAGAGACGGAAGAAGGCCGUGGACCGAGAAAUGACGGAGACUGCGCAUGUUGUGGAGACGAGACGAUCCCGCGGACGGACCGGCUGGCCUCAGCACGUAUGGGCCCUGGAACUACAGCGCUGAACACCCACGGAAACACUCACCGGCACACGCUACAAAUCAACAUUUCCACGGAACAUUUUUCUGACGACUUAAAUGGCAGCGAGGUUGGAGCAGGACAGUCGUGGGGACUUUGGAUCGAUUUGACGGCAGCAAUCCGAUGGAGAAGAUCGCUGGCAGUUCGAGAUCUUCGUUCCUGGAAUAUGCUACAUCCGGACGAACUGAUAUAUCGGUCGAAAUCUGACUUGGACGUUUCGAACUGUUUGGAUCCUGUUUGAACAGAAUAUGUCAUUGGUUUUUAUUUUCUAUAGUUACAGAGUGUCUUCGGUUGAUCAUAAGACAGUAAAUAAAACGAUGUUUUCUGAUUUUUUUUUAAAGUUCAGGUCAGGCUGACUUAAGGGUUAUAUAAUGGUUGAAUCAAGUGAGAUACUCGUACUAGAUACAACUCGUUAUAUCAAAGUCGUAGCUUGUCUUUUGAUAGUCCCACGAGAUUUUUACACAAGAUAUUUUCCUGAAUGGCAUGUAUGCCGUUUUCCCCAACACUCUUUCUUUGUGCACUGCCAAAAUAUGGCGAAAACUGAGAUUGUGUUCGUUUUUAAUGUGACCUUAAGUUACCAAGUCUAAACAACACAAAUGGUCGAUUAUUUAAAUCCCCUUUUCGCAAUGUUUUGUGCCAAAUUAGCUUUACAAAAUAUGGUUUACAGUCCAAAACGACAGCCAAGAUUUCACCAUUCUUGUUUUAAAUAAAUGACGUUAAUUGUAAAUAUUGUACAUAUUAAAGGUUAAACAACGCAUUAUCAAGCAUUAUCAUUCAUUACAGUACACUAUGACUUUUCCCAAAUACGGCUGUUAAUGACAUCGUCUUAAACCUACUAAAAAAAGUAAGACGUCUUGAAAAUAUAGCGCAAGUGAAACAAA